AAUAUUUUAAGGGAAUAUUCUUUUGGUACGCGUAUAGGUGUUAAGGGCAAUGAAAAAACGAAAGCAGAUGAUAACGGAUGAGAAAAUUGACUGGGCUAUGGGCGAAGGUUUAGCAUUCCUUAGUUUGCUAAAAGAAGGACAUCACGUAAGAUUAUCCGGGCAAGACGUCGAACGUGGGACCUUUUCCCAUCGGAUGCAUAUUAUUCAUGAUCAAAAGAGAGACAAAAUAUACAGAAACCUUCUUAACAACGUGUUUCCUGGUCAAGCGCUUUAUACCGUUUCAAAUUCUUCGUUAUCGGAAUACGGGGUUUGCGGUUUCGAGUUAGGCUACUCGGUUUACAAUCACGAGACACUUACGAUUUGGGAAGGACAAUUCGGCGAUUUUUGUAAUACCUGUCAGGUUAUCUUGGAUUGUAUAUUAUCUUCUGGCGAAUCAAAAUGGGGUAGGCAAGUGGGAUUAGUCUUGUUUCUACCACAUGGCAUGGAAGGUCAAGGACCUGAACACUCGUCCGCAAGAUUCGAAAGAUUUUUGCAAAUGUGCGACGACGAUUGCAUUCACAUUCCUGGAACAGAACCGAAUGCUCCCAAAAAUAAAUCUGCGGAAGAGAUUAUGACGAAACAACUUUUUGAAAUAAAUUGGAUCGUUUGCAAUUUGAGUACACCGGCAAACUUGUUUCAUGUUUUGCGACGGCAAAUAUUGAUGCCUUUUAGAAAACCACUGGUAAUCAUGUCGCCAAAAUCAUUGCUUCGACAUCCCAUGGUGAUAUCGAGUUUCAAAGAAAUAGGCCCUGGCACAACGUUUCAACCUCUGAUUGGAGAUUUUUCUGUCAAACCAGAAGGCAUUAAAAAAAUACUCUUUUGUACGGGAAAAGUAUACUAUGAUCUCGUGGAAGAACGUAAGAAAAACAAAUUGGAAGAUAAAAUAGCAAUAAUUCGAAUCGAACAACUCUGUCCCUUUCCGUAUCACCUUAUUGCGCAUGAAAUAACUAAAUAUCCGAAAUGCAAGAUAAUGUGGUUUCAAGAAGAACACAAAAACCAAGGUUCAUACUAUUAUGUAAGAGAAAGAUUAGCGUUAGCUUUACAUCUCCCACUGGAAGAAAUAACUUAUGGUGGUCGAGUACCUAGUGCUUCUCCAGCUACUGGCAAUAAGACUAUUUAUACGACAGAAUACCAAGACAUGAUGAAAGUAGCUAUGCUUCUUUGAUACAUCACCAUUCUUUGAUUGAAAUCCAAAGAAUGGUAAUAAUGAUAACGUCUUUCGUAUAUAAUAAUAAAAAUUCAAUGAUUAUUACGAGGUAUCGCUCUAACUCACCAAC